AUGCGUCCGCUCCACUGGCCGACGCUCGUGUGGGCCUCCAGCGCCGCUUCGGUCGUCUUCUUGUCGGCCGUGACGCUCUUCGACUCGGCGCACGCCAAGUCCGAGUGCUGCGACACGUGCAUCGGCAAGUCGUCGAACGCCGUGUACAACUACGACCCCGUGAUCUUUGACCAGUGCACGGGCGUCGACAAUGGCGUGUGCUGCUUCGAGUGCGGCAACUUGGGCGACCCCAUGUACGGCGACACAGUGUCGUACGCCACGGACGGCGUCACGGCAGUGGUCCCCGUGGGGAGCUACAUCUCGUUCACGUGGAGCGGCGUCGAGAACGUGACGUACGUGUCGCUCAAGACGGGGCAGAAGAAGACCGUGACGCCGACCGUGUCGGACGCGCAGGCGACGGUCAAGUCGGACACGUUCCUGAUCUGCGCCCGGUCGGCCGGCACGAUAUACUUUCGCGGGUGGGGCAGCGACACGUGUCGCGAGGCGUCGCCCGAGCACUCGAUCACAGUCGAAGCCAGUGGGGAGAAGGACAGCGGCGCCACUUCCAUUGCGGCCGACUCGACGGUCGCCGAGUGCAACGCCCAGCGCGCGAGUGUGCAGGUCGUGGACGGCACGCGUACGUGCGUGUGCGUGUCGGACUGGACGAACCCGCCCGAGUGCGACCGCUGGCCGCUCUGGAAGUGGCUCGUGACGGUCGGCGGCGGCGUCGCGGCGUUCUUUUCGAUCAUUAUCUCGAUCCGCGCGUUCCUCUCGAGCCGCAAGAAGAAACACGACGUCGAGUGUGCGCCACUGGGGACCAAGAGCAGCAACAUGGAGACGAUGCAAGUGACGCCGGACAACGACUACCAGGACGCGGCGUCGCACAUGGCGGCGUUCAAGUACGACCCCGAGGCCGACCGCGCGCACGGAGGGGCGCGGAAGGCCGACGACCGGGAGUUUACGCUCUGA